UUCAAUUCCUUCGUGUAUUUUUCCUCCCCUCUUCUUCUCUCCUCUACCGCACCUUUCCUUUCUUCAUUCUCUCCAUUGCGGCUGAUCUGAUAGUGCCACCUUCCCUUUCUCUUUGUUGUUAUUUUGGCUGGAAUUCAAUCAUGCUGACACUUGAAAUCGGAAGAAAAUCGAAAUCUUUGACUCCCUCUCCUGCCCAACUCUGUUGUUUCUUCUUCUUCUUCUCCUCCUCUUCCUCCUCCACUCCCUGGUACUCUCCCCCUUUGCCUCACCAAGAAGACCCAAUUCUCACCACGCUCUCUCAAGCAAUUAGAAGCUCCCAAACAAAGCCGCUUCACAUAUCUCUCAAAAAACUCCUCCGUUCCCUUACUCCCUCUCAUGUCAUCAACCUCAUCACCCUCAACCCUCACUCUCUAUCCCCACUCUCGCUCCUCUCCUUCUUCAACUUCCUUUCUUCCCAUCCCCCCUUUCGCCACACGCUUCGCUCCUACUCCACCAUGGCUCAUUUCCUUAUUACCCACAAAAUGUUUCAUCAAGCACGGUCUCUUCUCCAUUUUUUAGUCUCUCGUAAAGGAAAAGGCUCGGCUUCUUCGGUUUUUACUUCGAUUAUCGAAACUAAAGGUACCCAUCAGUGUGGCUUUGUUUUUGAUUCUUUAAUGAUUGCGUAUACGGAUUUGGGUUUUGUUCCUGACGCUAUUCAGUGCUUUAGGUUGGUAAGAAAGCAUAAAUUUAAAUUACCAUUUCAGGGUUGUAAAUAUUUGCUUGAUAGAAUGAUGAAGAUAAGUUCUCCAAUAGUGAGUUUGGGAUUUUAUUUGGAAAUUUUGGAUUAUGGGUUUUCGCCCAGUGUGUAUAAUUUUAAUAUUCUGAUGCAUAAAUUGUGUAGAGUGGGUCAAAUCAAAGAUGCCCAAAUGGUGUUUAAUGAAAUUGGAAAGAGAGGUUUGCUUGCUACAGUUGUCAGUUUCAAUACUUUGAUCAAUGGGUAUUGUAAAUCAGGGAAUUUAGAAGAAGGGUUUAGGUUGAAAAUAGCUAUGGAAGAUAGUGGAAUCCGUCCUGAUGUUUUUACUUACAGUGUUUUGAUUAAUGGGUUGUGUAAGGAGAGUAGGCUGGAAGAUGCGAAUGGGUUGUUUGAAGAAAUGUGUGACAGAGGGUUGGUCCCAAAUGAUGUUACUUUCACUACCUUAAUUGAUGGACAGUGCAAGAAUGGAAGAAUUGAUUUAGCCAUGACAACAUUUGAGCAGAUAUUGUCAAAAGGCUUAAAGCCUGAUUUGGUUAUGUUCAAUACACUUAUCAAUGGCCUUUGCAAGGCCGGGGAUUUAAAAGAGGCAAAGAAACUUAUUGCUGAGAUGAGUUUGAGAGGUUUAAAGCCUGAUAAGUUCACUUACACGAUACUUUUAGAUGGAUUUUGUAAGGAGGGAAAUAUGGAGUUGGCAGUUGAGAUUAGGGAUGAAAUGGUUAAGCAUGGUAUUGAGCUUGAUAAUGUGGCUUUCACAGCCCUUAUUUCAGGGUUGUGCAGAGAGGGAAGACUCAUCGAUGCUGAAAGAACAUUGAGGGAGAUGUUAAGUGCUGGUAUGAGACCGGAUGAUGCUACGUAUACUAUGGUCAUUGAUGGAUUUUGUAAGAAAAGCGAUGUAAAAAUGGGUUUUAAGUUGCUUAAGGAGAUGCAGAGUGAUGGCCAUGUGCCUGGUGUUAUAACCUAUAAUGUUCUUAUGAAUGGACUCUGCAAACUAGGGCAAAUGAAAAAUGCUAAUAUGCUGUUAGAUGCUAUGAUUAAUUUAGGGGUUGUUCCAGAUGACAUUACAUACAACAUUCUAUUAGAUGGUCAUUGCAAGAAGGCAAAUCCAAAAGAUGUCAACAAAUUAAAAAGUGAGAUGGGGCUGGUAGCAGAUUAUGCUUCUUAUAACUCACUAAUUAGCGAGAUUGGUAGAUCUUCAAAACAUAGAUAACCCUUUUGAGAGCAGGUUUGCUAAGUGUCUAUUGUCACGCCAAGCAUUACCAAAGAAGUAGGCGGAAUGUUUCAUCCCCCAGCAGUCGGGCAUGGAAUCUUAGAAAGCUUAUAAGUGUGGGCAUUGCACACCUUUGCAGGUUAGCAUUUUGAAGAGAGGGUAAUACUUUAUGACAAAGUGAUAUCAAAGUAGCGGCGACUUUGACCUGGCCUAUGCCAAUCACCUCCAAAUGGGAGGCAGUUAGGGUGGUCAUCGUCAAAAGAGGUAGGUAGUCUGCUUCAAUCUCACAUCGGGCGGUAGGGGUCUUAGAAAGCUUAUAAAGGUAGGAACUACAUUCCUUGUUGCGUUAGUGUUUCGGGAAGAGUGUACAUCUAUUGUCUCAAGAUGAUGCGACAGACAUGAAUUUUGGUUUUUCUAGCAAGCAGUGAAGUUCAAUACAGUUGAUUACCUAGAUCUUCUGGAUAGCAACGUUGAUUGAGAUUCUGGACAAUGAAUUUUAUGCAACAUUUCUGGCAAAAUAGGAGUAAGCAAUCACUUGAGGGAACCACUGUGAUGUAACAUAGCCUGGUUAUCUUGAACUUUGGAAUUUGAUAUUUCCUGUAUAUUAGCUUUGAUCAUUGUGCUAGGGAACUCUCAAGAUGGAGGUAACUGUUACAAGAAUAAAACAGCUACAAAUUGAGGGAGAGUGCUCAUAAAAUGAAGUCAUGUAUUUUGAUCCAGUCAAAUUGUUCACAAGGCAAGGUAAGAUCCUGUCAGCGCGCGUCAGGAUAACCAGCACCCUCAACUUGAUUUUCGGCCCCAAGCUCGUUGAAAAGUCAUGCCUGAGCCUAGGGAUAGUGUAUGUGAAUCAGAUAAUGAAUCUUGGUGAUAAUCAAUCUGCCAUAUGGUAGAGCCCAAAAAUUAAAUAGUGACUGGGACAGGGGCUCAAAUGUAAGGCUGUCAAAUUGAUUCAGUAUGAAGAUAGCUAAGGUUGCUUGACCUCUGGGCCUUCUAACAAGUCAUUAUGCUCCUGUUUUUAGCACCUUACCAAGGUCUCAAUAGGUUGUCUACUAGCACUAUUUGUAUAUACGGAGUCACAUGCAGCGACUUUUUGUGGUGCUUGCAAGAGAUUUAUAUGAAUGAAAAUGACUUAAUAUGCUUAUCUUUCCCACCUGAAAAAGAAAGAAUAAAACCGUUCGUGCGCAUUCUCACACAAAAUUGGAGGUGGGUGCAGCUGGGCCACUGGUGUCCUUAAGGUCCAGUGCGAUGUCUGGGACCCUGGUGCAAAACUCAGCCGCAGUUCACUGAGCCUAAAUGCCUCAGCAACAAGCCAUUCAUAGAAGAAGAUCCCUUCACUUCACUAGAGAGUCCACGUACAUCGUCAUUUACUUGGAUAACAACCCAUUAUUCUCGUGGCACAGUCUUAAAGGAUAAAAGAAGAUAACGGCAAUGAAAAUUCGAAGAGGAAACAUAAGGAGGUAUCUAACAAUC